GAGCAACUGAGCACAAUGCAGACAAAGCUGGAUGAAGAGGAAAGCAAGAACAUAAAACUCCAGCAGCAUAUUAAUAAACUGGAACAUCAUUCUGCACAAAUCCAGGAGCUUCUUUCAUCUGAAAGGAAUGGCUGGAGUAAAGAGCGCCAGGAGCUCCUUGAACAGAUAAAACUGCUUGAAAAGCAACUUCAAGACAGUCAAAGCAAGGCUGAUAUAUUAAAAAGUGAAGUCUAUGAUUUACGCAUUGUCCUGCAGUCUGCAGACAAGGAGCUGUCUGCUGUAAAAUUGGAAUAUAGUGCUUUUAGGGAAAAGCAAGAGAAAGAAAUGAGUCAGCUUUCUGAUAGACAUAUGGAUGUGCAGUUCCAGCUGGACAGUGUCAGGCUAGAACAUGAAAAGAUUCUUGAAGAAAAAGCAAGCCUGCAGGAUGACUAUGACAAUUUACAGGAAGUAGCAAAGUUUGAGACAGAUCAACUGAAACAACAACUUGAGGACAGAAAACAAGAAGCAGAAGCAAUGAAAACUGAGCUUUGUAACCUCCUGAAACUCCUGAAAACAGAAAAAGAACAUAAUGAAAAACUAACAUUACAAUUGCAGGAAGACAAAGAAAACAAUUCGAAAGAGCUCUUGAAAGUGCUUGAGAAAGCACAGGUGAAGAAACCAUCCUCGGAAAUGGUGACACGAUGUGAGCCACAGGAAGCAAAACUGCAGAAAUUGGAACAGGAGUUGGCUGCUGCUGAAGAGCUUAUUGUUUCUUUGAAGAAGACAAAUGAUGCAGAUAAGGAAGUUGUAACUGACUUGAUGAGACAGAUCCAGGAGCUGAGGUCUUCAGUAAAUCAUAAAACUGAGUCCAUAGAUGGGCUGACAAGAGAGCUCAAGGAUAUAAAUUGCAAGUAUAAUCAUGUUCUGGCUGCAAAAGAAGAAAGCAAAGGAAUCAUAGAGGAUCAGGAAAAGAAGAUUGAAGAACUGAGGGAAGCCUUGGAGAGAAGACAAAUAGCUGAUAACAUUGAGAGAGACCUUCUGUGUGAAGAGUUGCAUCAUACGACUGAUCAGCUGAUAAGACUGACAGAGGCCUCUAAAAAACAUGAUUCAUUGCUUCAGUGUGCACAGGAAGACAUAAAAAAGAAAGAAGCUCUAAUCCAGGAACUCAGGGAACAGCUGGGCAAAAUGACAGAAGAACUGGAGAAGAGGAAGAAUGAAUAUGAACUAAAAAUGAAGCAAAUAGAUUGCUUUGUGGACGCAUCUUCUGUAACAUUUCCCCAGUGUCCAAAAACUCCCCCUAAUUUUGAUGUGAAUUUGGCAAAGCUCUUGGAAACUCAUGAGCAAGAAAUAGCGGAUCGGAGGGCUUCUGCAAUAAAUCUAGAGCACCUUGUACAUGAACUGAAUGAAGAACGAAGAGCUAAAAAUGAAGAAAUUCUAAGGCUAAAGGAACAAUUAAAGGAGCUGGAGGACUUGCGUCUGGAAAUGCAAAUAUUGGUGGAGAACAACAGGAAUUUACAGAGCCUUGUAGAAGCUCAGAAACUAAGCAAGAGCAGUGAUCAGAAACAUCCUGAUGUUCAGUACCUCAAAGAAAAAGAGGAGGAGAUUGCUGAAGAACGACUGGCCAAGAAUAAAGCAAUGGAGGAGAUGCUGAAAAUCAAAGCAGAAUUAGAAAAGACCAAAAAUACCCUCAAAAUCAAAGAGGAUAUUUGUCUUGAAAUUACUCUGGAGAUGGAACGAACAAGAGCUUUGGAGCUGAAAGCAUUUAAUGAAAAAGAAGAAAUAAGAUCAAAACUGGAGGAAACGUAUGAAGAGAGAGACAGAAUUGGAAAGGAAAUGGACUUGCUGAGGAAGCAAGUUGACUCUCUUGCAGAGGAGAAUGGGAAAUUACUCGGUCAUCAAAAUCUAAACCAGAAGAUUCAGUACCUUGUGAAACUGAAGAAAGAUCAUGCUAAACUUACGGAGGAGACAGAAAAACUACGCAUUGAAAAUGCUUUUUUGAAAGAAUCAAGAAGAUGUGACAUGUGUAGACAUUAUGAUCAGCUAUAA